AUGGCUGUCGGGCUGGAAACGGUCGCCAUCUCAGCAGCACCUGGGUUCUCGUCUGCUACAAUCGCAAUCUCGCUGGUCUUUCUCGCUUUCCUCCCCUCGCAGCUAUACAAGUUGUACAGAUCUCGGCCCAAAGUUCAUCCCAGCUGGCACGGGCGCUCCAAGCUCGCUGUGGACGAGAAGGGGCCCUCUCCAGCUGCGCUGUGGUUCUCGCUCAUUGCCGCCAGUGCAUUAUGCUGGCUCAUUGCUGUGGCUCACAUAAGGUCUGUGGAGCCUUCGAGCUUGGCCCUGCUCUAUCUCCUGGCCAGCACUGGCUGUGACAUUCUAUGGGCUCUCGCUCCUAGGUCGCGCAGUUCAGACGACCCGGAAACUGCUCUGUCAACAGCCCUGUUCUGGCUCCAGAUUCCUGUGAAGCUUACACUGCUCGUUUUGGAGAGCCAUAGCAAGGAGGCGAUCUUGCUUGCAAAACACAAGCACCUGUCUCCAGAGGAUACGGCUGGUCUCGUCCAGCGCGUGCUGUUCUGGUGGGUCAACCCCAUUCUUGCACGCGGAUCCAGACAGAUACUGCAGAAUGAGGACCUUCCCCGGAUCGGACAGCAGUUCUCUUCCGAUGGCCUUCGACGAGCGAUAUUACGCGCAUGGCAUCAGCGAAGUAUCACAACACUGCCACUGGUCCUUGUGCGCUGCCUCCAGCGGCCAUUUCGAGCGGCUAUCGUGCCUCGUCUCUGUCUUGUCAUCUUCCGAUUUGCGCAGCCAGUCUUGAUCCAGCAAAGCAUACGCUUCGUGUCUCAGUCGCACGAUGAGGAGGAAGUGGGUGUCAGAGUCAGGGGUUACUGGAUCUUGGUGGCAGCAUUUUUCGUCUAUACCGGUCUAGCAUUCUCUACCGUCUUGUAUCAGCGUGCUCUGGCAAGGCUCAGGGUGAUGACGAGAGGCGCUCUCGUCAGCCUCAUCUACGCAACGCUACUGAAUGCCUCCAGCGACGUAUAUGAUACCGGCAAAGCCGUGACGCUCAUGAGCACAGAUGUAGAUAGCCUCGAUGAUACCUCGGAAAUGUUUCACGAGCUGUGGGGCCAUAUGCUGGAGGUUCUGGUGGGCAUGACGGUGCUCUACGGCGAGGUUGGCUGGCUCUGUACUGUGCCUCCAAUCUUGAUCUUCUUCUGCUCACGUGUGAGUAAAUAUGUUGCUCAGAACCUCAAAUCACGGCAAAAGAACUGGACUUUGGCCACCCAGGACCGGAUUGCUACUACAGCGAACAUGUUGUCUUUCAUGAAGUCUAUCAAGAUUCUUGGUCUUUCCGAAGCUGUAGCCAAUCUGGUCCGGGACUCCAGGCUGUUUGAGAUGGGUCAGGCCAAGAAAAUUCGAUGGAUGAUGAUUUUUUAUAAUGCCAGUGCAAACGCUCUGGGCAUUUUCACCCCGGCCAUCACCAUAAUUCUUUAUGCCGUGCUCGCAAAGGUCCAGUAUACAACGCCGCUUGAUCCAGAGACAGCGUUCACGACUAUCGCAAUAUUGUCUAUGGUUACACACCCCGCCAAUAUGGUUAUGACUAUUGUCCCGCGAGCCAUUGCCUGCUUGGCCAGCUUCGAGCGCAUCCAGAGCUAUCUCAUCAAGUCGACGAGGCACGACCCGCGAACAAGCCUCGAGGACACCACUCGUUCGCCUGGUGGUAGGCUGCCGGCGGUCAGACUUCGAGGAGUCACUGUCGGCAUUAAGCAGGGAGAGAUCCCCAUUCUCCAGGACAUCAAUGUCGAACUUCAUGCUGGCCAAGUGGCUGUCUGUUCUGGGCCUGUUGGCAGCGGGAAAUCGGUCCUGGCCAGGACAAUCCUAGGCGAGGUGCCCCUAUCCGAGGGCGCCAUCCAGAUCUCUACCCAAAACAUUGGGCUGUGCUCGCAAGCUGCGUGGCUCCCAGACGGGACCAUCAAACAAGCCAUUUGUGGACCGACCAAUCUCAUCGACGUUGUCCGCUAUGCAGAGGCUGUCAGGGUAUGCUGCCUAGACUAUGACAUUCUCACCCUUCCGGAUGGCGACAGCACUGGCAUCGGCAGCCGUGGUAUAAAUCUUUCUGGAGGGCAAAAGCAGCGUCUUGCGCUCGCGAGACUCGUGUACGCUCGAUGCAGCGUGGUGAUCUUGGACGAUCCGUUCAGUGCACUCGACGGCAAGACUGAGAUGCAGGUGAUUGAGAAUCUUCUAGGACCACAGGGCAUUUUCAGGAGGGAGGGGACGACGGUCCUUUGGAUAAGCAAUAGCGCACAAUACUUCACCCUGGCCGACCAUGUCAUCCUCAUGGAUAGGUUCAAAAUUAUAACCCAGGGCCCUUGGAUACAAGUUCAGUCCCAAGUCAAGUAUGAGUUGACCCUGGCCCAAAAGACCACAGGCGAUUCGGCAAAGGCACCCGAAGCAGCCGGCGUCGCUGUGGGCCUCCAAAAGCUGCAGGGUCAGGAGCGUGCUGCGCAUGAUAUAGCGCUUGACAUCAAGAGGAAAGCUGGUGACCUCUCACUCUACGGGUUUUAUAUAAGUCAUACUGGCGUGAUCAACUUUUUCUGCAUGAUUGCGAGCACCAUGUCAUCCUCAUUCUUUGUUACCUUUCCCAAUUACUGGCUGAAAUGGUGGACCGAGGCGCCUCCAUCAACAUCUGCCUUCUAUAUUAUCGGAUACGUGCUAUUGGUCUUGAUGGCGUGGAUCAGUGCGAAUGGUAUAAUGAUGUCCACAAUGUUGCUUGUGGCCGUGUAUUCGGGUCUAAAUCUUCACGAACUGCUUCUCGCAACGGUAGUCAAAGCACCGCUAUCGUACUUUUCACUCACAGAGAGUGGGACUCUCCUGAACCGAUUCAGCCAAGAUAUUCAACUUGUUGAUAAAGACCUGCCCAACGCUGCCCAAGCCUUGAGCGUUCAGAUAUUCAAGCUCGUCGUUCAGAUGGCUUUGCUUCUCACUGUUCAGAGGCUGAUGCUGCUUGCCCUGCCAUUCUGUCUGCUGGUGGUAUACGUCGUGCAGCGAUUCUAUCUGAUGACGUCUCGGCAAUUGCGGCUUCUGGACCUCGAGUCUCGCUCAGCAGUGUUUUCGUCAUUUCUCGAGACAGUUGAGGGUCUCACCACCCUACGAGCCUUUGGGUGGCAGCGCCUGGCAGAACAGCACAGCCUCAACGCCCUGGACAGCUCGCAGCGUGCAUUCUAUCUCGUCCUAUGUCUCCAGCGGUGGCUCAAUCUCGUCCUCAACCUGACCAUCGCCGGUAUAGCGAUCACCACCAUAGCCCUCGCCAUCAACUUCAAGGGGAGCAGGGAUGGCGCCUCCAUUGGUGUGGCUCUGAACGUGGUGCUCGUGGCCAACACUACCUUGCUCCGCCUCGUGGAGUCGUUCACGUCUGUCGAGAUCUCACUCGGGGGAAUUGCGAGGCUGAAGGGCAUGCAGGAGAAUACGCCUGUAGAGGACAAGCAGGACGAAGAAGUGAUUCCUGGUUCAGAUUGGCCUUCUUCCGGCAGCAUUCAGCUGCGUGGCGUCUCUGCGUCUUACGAUGCCACACACAAGGCUCUUGAUGAGGUGUUCUUGAAAAUUAAGCCUGGAUCUAAAGUAGCUAUCUGUGGUCGCACUGGCAGCGGUAAAAGCACGCUCAUCCUAGCCUUCUUGCACCUCGUCGAGUACAGCGGAAGCAUCAACGUGGACGGACUGGACAUAUCCAAGGUCCCCCGCUCGCUAGUCAGGCAGCGUUGCUUCAUCUCGAUCCCGCAAGACCCCUUCCUUAUGCCGCACGCCACGCUCCGACUGAAUCUGGACGAGACAGGUGUAGUCCCAAACGCAGUCCUGGCCGCCUCGCUGAGCACCGUGCGGUUGUGGGAUCAUCUAUCCAGCCGGAACCUCGACGACGACCAGGACCAGAACGGUAUUCUAGAUAGGAAGUUGUCUGUGCUCCCCGUGCUGUCAGCAGGACAGACGCAGCUCCUGGCCCUCGCGCGCGCCCUCGUCAAGAGGUGGAUACUAUGUCUGGAUGCCCAUGGCGGCACAAGGGUGAAGCCACCGCUGCUGCUCGACGAGGCCACGGCGUCGCUGGACCCUGUUACCGAGGGCAUCGUGCAUGACGUGAUUGAUGAGGAGUUCUCGUGGCGGGGUCAUACGGUCGUUAUGGUGACGCAUAGACCGAGCAUGCUGGCCGGUCGGAUGCGGGAGGGGAGAGACUUGCUUGUCUUUAUGAAGGAUGGGCGGGUGGAGAGCGUGCAGAGUGCAGGUGGUGGAAUUGGACUCGAGGAGCUGCGGGAUCUUGAUGAGGACUAA